UGUCAACAAAAGAUGGACGUUCAGGAAGAUGGAAGACAUAGAGAGCACUAAGACUUCAGACGAGAUCAUCAAUGAGCUGUUCAGUUCUCUGAACGUACCACUGUCACCCAAGCCUUGUGAAGAGGAGUGCAAGAACAAACAGCAGAGGGAGGAGAGUACAGAGCCUGAGGUCCCACCUGCGUCAGACAACAGUGAGGAUGAGGACAGUGACUCGAGGUCUAGCGCAAGCGAGGAGGUCAAGCAUGAGGAGGUCCAAGUGAUCGAAGCUGGCAGUCAGGAGAUGGAGAAGGCAGAGCGUCACAGGUCCUCCAAGAAGAAGAAGGACAAGAAGAAAAAGAAGAAAAAAAAGAAGAAGAAAGAAGAGGGUGGUAGCAAGCACAAGCACAAGAAGAAGAGGAAGAAGGAUGCCGAGAAGGAGCACAAUGGCCGAGAGGAAGCGAAGGGGGCGGAAGAAGGGCCGGAGGGUAAGCAGGCAGAGGAGGAGGAGGAGCAGCAGAAGGAGAAGGAGAAGGAGAAGGACAAGGACAAGGAGAAGACCCAGCCGCCAACCCCAGAGGACAAGAAGUCAGAGAAAUUGCCGUCCCAGUCAGAAAGUCCCAAGAGGCCAGAGAAAGUCCCCAAGAUGGCCGAGUCAGAAAAUAAACUCAAGCGCAAGCUGGCGGUGGAGGCAGAGACCAGAGAGGAGUCUAGCAGGAAACAUAGAAAAACAGAUCACUCAAGGUCUUCCAGAUCGUCCUCGCCUUCCAAGUCCCGUUCCCACACAAGGACCAGCCGUCGCUCACGCUCCAGGUCGGCCGGUAGAGGUCACAGCAGAUACUCCAGGUCCAGGUCCAGGUCUAGGUCAAAGCCACACAGCUACUCACGGUCACACUCUAGAAGCCACAGGAAGUCGAGGAGCAGAUCCCCAUUUGCAUCAGACAGGCGGAGGAGAAAACGUUCUUCGAGGUCGUACUCUAGGUCAGCUUCCCCCAAGCGCUAUAAGAGACGGAGGUCAUCUAGGUCACGCUCCAAGUCUCCCUCCGGUAGGUCUUCCUCGAGCCGUCGCUCAGGGAGCAGGUCCAAGUCUCGAGCCAAGGUACCAUACCCCCGGGAGGUGUGUGACCUGCUGGACAAGGCCAGGGAAAGGGUGGGGCGAGUGGAUGCCUCCAAGGCCCAGAGCACAGCCAGCAUAGACGUGAGCAGCAUCCCCACCCCUGGUCCCACCACCAUCCUCCGGCCGCAGGGCACGCUCAGCGACAUCAUUGCCCUGGACAGCAUUCCUCUACCCAUUCCCCCUCCCGCUGCCCCAGACCCUAGCUCUAUCCCUCUACCUCAGCCCCUUGGGCAUUCCGAUGAGGCACUCAAGAAGGAUGCCCAUCCCAAGGGCAUAAAUGGCAUUGGACUGGACCUUGAGACCAUCCCAGUUCCUGCACCUACCAAUAUGUCUCUGCAAAAGGACCAAGACAGUGCCAGGGCAGAUGUGGCCAAGGGGAAGCAAGAAGAAGGAGCUGAAAAGAACAAGGCCAAAACUAUCAUCAUCAAAAGCUUGAAGGACAGCCUCGUCUUCCUCCAAGCGCAAGAGGAAGCAGAGAGGAAGGCAAAGGAAAAUGCUGAACUCGAAGAGGAGGGGAAAACAGUGGGGCACAGUGCAGAAGAUGAGGAUGAGGAGAAGGAGGAGGAAGAUAAGGAGGAGGAGGAGGAGGAGGAAGAGGAAGAGAAGCAAGAGAAAGAGGAACAGGAGAGGAAAGACGGGGAAGAGUUGAGGGAAAGAGAGGAAGAAGGAGAAAAAGAGGACGAGGAGGAGGAGAUAAAAGAGAUGGAAAUAAAAAGAAGUGAGGGGAAGACCAACGACCCAUCCAGCGGUUCAGAUACGAAGAGUGAACCAGCUUGUGCCAUUGACAUAGGAAAGGUCCUGAAGGAGACAAGAGAAAAGAUAGAGAAGAAUGGAAAAGCUGAUAAGGAUGGUGCUAAAGUCAAGACAGAGGAGAAGGAAGAAACCUUAAAUGGCAUGGAAGAAGGAGAGAUCGCCAGUGAGGAGGAAGAGCCGCAAGAGAAAUCGCAAAGCAAGCCCCACAAGAAGAAGUCGAAAAAAGACAAGGACAAACACAGAGACAAACGGAAGUCUAAGAAGGAAAAGGACAGGAACAAGGAGGACAAGAAGAAAAAGAGAAGGGAGCGAGAACGGAGCAGGUCCCGGACCCGCGAGCGAGCCAAGUCGCGGAGUAGGUCACGGAGUCACGACAGAGGGAGGUCACAGACCAGGUCGAGGACCCACGAGAGGGGCAGAUCGAGGAGCAGGUCACGGUCAAGGGAGAGGCACAAGUCAAGAAGACAUUCAAGUCGUUCAAGAGAUAGAUCGUCCAGAGUGCGACACAAGAGUCGUUCUAGGUCUCGCUCACGUUCCAAAUCCCACAGUCAUAGAAAACGGGAUAGUGUCAACGAUUUGAGAGAUAAGGUGACCCGUAAGAGGCUGUUGGAAAUAGCCCGCCGCAACGCUGUGUACCUCAUGCAGAACGGCUGCCUCCCCCCCAGUGUGGAGCAGGAGCAGCUGGUCAAGAUCAAGGCGGGCGGGAAGAGUGUCGAGGAGCUCACCAAUUUCUGCAAGCAGCUGGUGGCAACGGGGAACUAUAGUGACGUUGACCUGAGUGAACCUUCCCUAAGCUCGGGGGACGACAAUGAGAACUCAGACAAGCCCUUCAGCAACACCAGACACCCCUUCAGUGUGAGGGACUCCAAACCUAUCCUCAUGAAUAUUAGGAAUGCCCCCAUGCUGCCCACCAAGACCAACGCUGAGCGACUGGCUGACCAAGCCAAGUUGCGCGAACAGUUCCCGGUGUCGAGUGGCUCCCAACAUCGCACCAAGGGGGAGCUGACAGCCACCGAGGGGAAGCUUCUCACAGAGAGCAGCUGGGUGCCAGUGUCUCCCAAGGAGAAGAAAGAAGGAGAGGACAAAGUGUUCCCAGAGCCAGAACCCGUGCAGGCGGUGGACAUCUCACAGAUAGUGUCGACACGGCUGAGUGCAAUGAGGAAGCUGCAGGACAACCCGCACGACAUUGAAGCCAUCAAAGCCUUGCACAACGUCCAAAAAGAAAUGCAGAACUGGGCCCUGAGCAAACAGGAACCGGGCCAGUUCACAGGCUCAACCGGGGUCAAGGUUCUGUCGCAGGAGGAACUCUCAGCAGGCCACCAAGCCUGGGCUCGGAAGGAGCAGUUUAAGGAGGCUGCCCCUGUCAGGCCACAGUUCGGGCUGAAGAUGCUGCAGAAGAUGGGCUGGUCUCCUGGGGAGGGCCUUGGCAAGAAUAAGGAGGGCACUCUUGAGCCUCUUCUGCUUGACGUCAAGAUGGACAAGAAAGAUUGUGUAAAUGGUGUUGAUCAUGAGCAGUUUAAGGAGGCUGCCCCUGUCAGGCCACAGUUCGGGCUGAAGAUGCUGCAGAAGAUGGGCUGGUCUCCUGGGGAGGGCCUUGGCAAGAAUAAGGAGGGCACUCUUGAGCCUCUUCUGCUUGACGUCAAGAUGGACAAGAAAGAUUGUGUAAAUGGUGUUGAUCAUGGGUAUAGCUACAUGUUUAAGGGCCUUGGGAACUAG